AAACCAGGACUCACCGGGACGGACGGGGCCUGGGCCCAAUGAGGCGCCGCGACCGCCCCCCAAUAGUGGGCGUGGGGGGAGGUGGAAAAGUCGGGUGAGAGCGAGAAGCCGAGAGCUGAGGGGGCGGCGGCGGAGCAGGGAGCUCCCCCCUCCCGCCCCAUUCCUGAGGUAAUUCUCCGCUGCCCAAAAGUGACGGUUGACCGCGAAGGCGGGGGGGCGGCUCGGUGACUCUUCCUCCCGCCCUCUUCGCUGAGGGAGGGGGGAUCUGAGGAGAAUAACGGAGGGAGGGGCGGCGGCGUUGGGCGAGAUGGGCGGCCCCUCCUCGGCCGCGGCCCGUCCCCUCCGCCCGCUGUGAGGCGGUGGCCCGUGCCUGCCGGAGCGCCUCAGCCGCCCUCGCCCGCUCCGCCAUGUCCGGGGUGGUGCGGACCCUGAGCCGCUGCCUCUUGUCGGCCGACGCGCCCAGCCGAGGAGGAGGCGGCGGCGGAGGGGAGCGGCCGCCCGGCGGCGAAGGCAAAGAGCGGAGCCGCGACGCGGAGCGGGAGGCGCGGCGCCGCAGCCGCGAGAUCGACGCGAUGCUGGCCCGCGAGCGGCGCUCGGUGCGUCGCCUGGUCAAGAUCCUGCUGCUGGGCGCCGGCGAGAGCGGCAAGUCCACCUUCCUCAAGCAGAUGCGCAUCAUCCACGGCCGCGAGUUCGACCAGAAGGCACUGCUGGAGUUCCGCGCCACCAUCUACGAGAACAUCCUCAAGGGCUGCAGGGUUCUAGUUGAUGCACGGGACAAACUAGGGAUCCCUUGGCAGUACACGGAGAAUGAGAAGCAUGGGAUGUUUCUAAUGGCCUUUGAAAACAAAGCUGGGAUUCUGAUUGAGCCUCCCGUGUUCCAGUUGUACGUACCAGCCCUGAAUGGCCUGUGGAAGGAUUCUGGGAUCAAGGAGGCCUUCAGCCGUAGAAGUGAAUAUCAACUGGGUGAAUCGGUGAAAUAUUUCCUGGAUAAUCUGGACCGGAUUGGCCAGUUGAACUAUUUUCCCAGUAAGCAAGACAUCUUGCUGGCUAGAAAAGCUACCAAGGGGAUUGUGGAGCAUGAUUUCAUCAUAAAGAAGAUUCCUUUCAAAAUGGUGGACGUAGGUGGGCAGAGAUCUCAGCGUCAAAAGUGGUUUCAGUGCUUUGAUGGAAUAACAUCUAUAUUAUUCAUGGUCUCCUCAAGUGAAUACGACCAGGUCCUCAUGGAAGACAGACGCACAAAUAGACUGGUUGAAUCCAUGAAUAUCUUUGAAACCAUUGUCAACAACAAGCUCUUUUUUAAUGUCUCCAUCAUUCUGUUCCUUAAUAAAAUGGAUCUCCUUGUGGAGAAGGUGAAGAGUGUCAGCAUCAAGAAGUACUUCUCAGACUUCAGAGGUGAUCCUCAUAGGCUGGAAGAUGUUCAGCGUUACCUGGUACAGUGUUUUGACCGAAAGAGGCGGAAUCGCAGUAAGCCCCUCUUCCAUCACUUCACCACAGCCAUAGACACUGAAAACAUCCGUUUUGUGUUCCAUGCUGUAAAGGAUACAAUCCUUCAGGAAAAUCUUAAGGAUAUAAUGUUGCAGUGAAAGAAAACUGUCUUCCCUCCAUUCAAACCUACCCUCGUAGGCCCAAGUAUUACCUUUGUGGCCUUCAUGGCAGGUUUUCUGAAAGAUCCCUGCUGUUUCCUUGGCUCAGAGAGGCUGCAAAUAGCCAAUCCAGACAGAGGAGCAACAUGCAGAAGAACUGUGACAACUCAAGCUAGCUACUAAAACACAUAACUAAAAACACUACUGAAACAGUGGUUAUUGUGAGUGGGGCGCUGCCUUUUGAACACUGAAUAACACUACCGCCUUCUGCCUUUUUGGAAAAAAGAGCCCUAAAUUUGAAACAUAACGUAAAAGAGUUCUGUGUGUUUAAUGUUGUUGUACAACAGUGCCAGAAUUUGCUGGCCGUAAAGCCUGUCUGCCUCAGUAGUUUUGGGUGCUGAAUUUAACUCAUGUUAACAUAGUUUACUCCAUAGUUGAUAUUUGUAUUUGGAGAAUACAUUGCAAUAUAGUCUCACAACUCUGAGAUCAAUAUCCAGGUUUGGCUCAUAUAACAAUUGCCUGCCAAGAUGGCUGGCUGCCCACCUCUUACCUGAAAGUCUCCAGCUUCCCUCGUGUGGAAUUUCAGAACUGUAAAAGGAACUUAGCUGGCCACAUAAGUAAGUUUCUUCUUAGCAGUUGGCCUCAAAGGGAGCAGAAAUCCAGGCCUGGGUUGGUGCAACACAAGGCUUACUUUGCACUACAUGUACAGUGUUUGCUGCACCAUGGGAAAUGAGACUUCCAUGUGGUAGAAGUUCAGGGUGGUGCUGAGACUGCUCCGCAUAGAGUGGACAUCUUCAAGACUGAUCCCACACUUAACAGUUGGAAAGAUAUGAAAGCUCUUUCUGCUCGACAGGACAGUGUUAUCAGUCUCUAAUAGUACGGAUGCUACACAUUAGUCAAAUGUCUGGGAAGCCAUGGCUGUUCAUGACACAGAAGUCAAAUGCUCUUGAGAUUCCCACUGUACAGCUGCCCUGAGCUUGGACAGAAGGAGCCUGCUUUGAACUAAUUCUUAAUAUGUUGUAGGUGUUUGUUAGCCUAUAUAAUACACACUUAAAAUAUUGUAAACUGGCGGGCCUAAGUUGCUCCUUUCAGGCUACUACAGAGUAUGUGUGAAUUUGCAGGAGGUUGUGAAUAACAUUGAUGUGAACUUUUUUAAAACUCUAAAAUGCUGAGCUUAACUAUGGGUGCCUUUUCAGUGUGUACAGACACUUUACAUGCUCUGAUAUGAGGUAUGUAUAACCAAACUAAGACCUGCUUUUUCAGUGCCAUAGUCUUUUUUCUUUUUUUUAAAUUCAGGGAUCUUUUUAAACACAAGAAAUGUUUACUAUGCUGUUGGUACCGCAGUUGCCAUAAUAACAUCUAAAGGGCUAGUCUUUCAUAAAGCACACAUUGGAAUGCUGUAGUUUACACCCUUUGGGACAACCAUGUCUUAAAUGUGGGGGGAAACUCCAGGCAUUCACGCCACAAGUUACAUUCACCUAAAAAGGAAAUCUGUUGUAACUUCUGCUUGGACAAAAUCUAGUUUUUUCCCCUCUGUGUGGAUUACUCACGUUUAUAUAAGCAUGUUUUGUGUGGUGUACCAUACUUUGUGAACCAGGAAUCUCAUAGUGAUGUUUUUUGGGCACAAGCAAGCCACAUCCUGGAAAUGAGAAUAUUUGUCUCCUAAACUUUUAUAUAAAACUAAAACACUAGUAAGGCAGCAGCCAUCUGCUGGUUUCAUUACAUAUCAUGUAGCCUUUUGAGGCUACAUUAUGUUUGGGAAGUGACUUGGUGACAUUUGUCUUAUUCUUUUAGAACCAAUUACUCUAUUUUCCACAUCUACUUCUGGAAAAGAAAAUAAUGUUGCCAUUUUGCUAUGAAUCUUCUAAAGCUUGGCUGGCUCUAAGUGACUUGUCAGGAAAUAGAGGGGAAUGCAACGCAACUGUGAUUGCCCAUUUCUUGAUAAGCUAGAAUGAAUGCUUUAAACUGCUUCACCUCUUGAAAAUACAAAGAGGACUUGCAACUUUCAUUUCUCAAACCUUAAAUUCUCCCUGCCACAUGGCAAAUUGCUGUUGGAAAUGGACUAGUUUCUAAAGCAGUUUGAUAUGGCAUAUGUAUUUGUUUUUAAGGAGGGGGGAAUCAGUGUUCCCAUUGGACACGCCCACAAUCUUGGACAUGCCUAAAGUAGUUCUUUCUGGAUUCUAUCCACUAAAUGUUAACUUUGCUCCACAGCAAAGCCUCUUUGAUAGACAAUUGUGCUUUACUCUUUUGGCUUUCUAAACGUGCCUGAGUUUUACAUAUGAAUCUUAGUUUGGCCUUAAGUGGCAUACAGGAGCACAAUCUUUUAUAACAAAUAUUUAAAAUCUUAACUAUGCUACUAUUUUGCAUUUUAAAAUAAAAAUCAAGAGCUAUAACACUCUAGUUCUCAAACUGUUUUAAGUUGCAACUGUGUACCCAAAAGUGUGCAUGUUUUGUAAAAGAAUGGCUCUUCCUUCAUUCUUUUGGUAUGAUGAGAAUCCCUUGCAGCACCAAAUGUACUUGAUCACAGCAGAUUUCACUAGGUUGAAUUUGACAUAAUUUGGUGGCAACCCCUACAGACAUUAGAUACGGUUAAUAUGUUUUAACAUGGUUAAUACCAGCUUUCCUUCUCGUCCUUUUUGCCCUUCUGAUAGGUCAUGGUCAUAGCUGUAAACUUUGUGUUUGACAUUGCAGUUGAAGCUUGUUGCCUAAGCUUUUUCGUGGCUCCACCAGUGUGUGUACACAUGGUCUGUCAAGCGUGUAUCUGUUUCAGGAUUCUCAGUGACACCUCCGUUUUGAUCAUCCUUGCUAGUCCGAGUUGUUUAACAGUUUGAUUUGAACACAGAAGGGAAACCUACCCUUAGCACUUGAUGUACAACGUGUGCCAAAAUGCAUGCUUACUCUAUUUGCAAUCCCAUCAUAUUGGGUGCUCUGCAACCACCUAAUUUCCCUUCUUUUUUUCUCUUGCCAAAGCAACAAGACAUUUGCCUUUAACUGUUAUCCUUGAAAACACUUAGUCUGAAGUGUAAUUAGAGGGAAGGGGAAGGAUUUGUAGAAGGAAGAAUCAUUGCUACGAUUCUUACUGGCCAGGAAAUGGGUUACACGUAGGACAAUCUGCUAAAGGCCUUGAACUUACACUUCAGUGUGCUUUGUACCAAAUAAAUAGUCUUGAGCUAUUGGUGGUGUUUCUCAUUUAUCAGAGGAAGGUUACUCUGAAGGGUGUACCACUGAAUAUGGCGUGUGUUUUAGCCAAGGACAAAGAGAGGAAAUGCUUCCCUCUUGUCAUUAAAAAAUAAAAUAAAAUUCUGAUGUUGUAAAACCAUUUAUGUAUAUAAACACUUCAGAAGCAAGGCCUUGGGGAAACUUGCAGUUUUUAUUUGUGGAAAGAGUGGUGUUUGUGUGAGUUUGAUUGCUGUGUUACUCUGCAGCAUGAGCAGUAUUUAACACAAGUCAGCCAAUGCCAGAAAAGAUUCUGAGGUUGCCAGUUUUUGUUUCAGCCUAGACAGCUUUUUAUCAGCUAAAACAUUGGUUCUCAAACUUGGUUCCCCAAAUGUUGUUGGAAUACAACUCCCAUCACCUGUAACCACCUUCUGUUCAUUGAGGCUGGGGAUGACGGGAGUUGUAGUCCAAUAUCUGGGGACCCCCCACAAGCUAAAGUAUUUCACAAACUGCCUUUCCCAGCAUACUUCUAACACCGAAUUAACAGUUAUGCUGCCUGCAAAAUGAAAAGGAAGUGUGCCAAGCUAUUUUUGGAUCCAUUCCAGAAAAGGAAAAAACCCUGCCUACCAUUUCAGGCAGUAGUUGCUAUUUAUUACUAUUAAAUAUUUUUAUACUGCUUUUCAACAAAGUUUUCAAAGCAGUUUACAUAGCAAAAAGCUGUGGGGGGAAAUGGCCCAUGCCUUGUAUGGAUGAGCAGGUGGUAUUUGCAUCACAAAUUCUUCUCACUAAAUUAAGGAACCUCCUCAGUGGACCAGCAACAGAUUUAGAUUUCACUGUUCUAACUUCCAUUGUGUUGGAACUGGAGCACAUGUUGCUGCCACAGAACACUAAGAUUUCCUACAUGGCCAUCUGCCCAGUAGGUGAAAAGUUGCAACUGAGGAGUAGCGAAAGCACUGCAGGGAUACUAUUUCUGGGUUAAUUCUGUAAUGCCUGAAUGCAUCUCUCCCUCAAGACUCGGUUGACCUCGAGCAGUUGCUCCAAAAAGUCAAAGCGUAAGUUGGACCAAAUAGCCACUCAAGGAACAAAUACUUAAAGCAGUGAUUCUCAACGUUGGGUCCCCAGAUGUUAUUGGACUUCAACUCCCAUAAUCCCCAACCAAAGGCCACUGAGGCUGGGGAUUAUGGGAGUUGAAGUCCAAUAACACCUGAGGACCCAAGUUUGAGAAUCCCUGACUUAAAGCAUCACAUUUGUUCAUGUAUGUAUAGUGAGAAAGUAGUUGCCUUGGCUUGACACUGAGAUAUACAGGUCAAGGUAAAUCACUUUGAUUUACCAAAGUAUAGUUUGUUUGGCUGGCUGGCUUAGAAUUGGACCUCCUGAUAUGUCAGAAAUAGUGGGGAGGACUUUUCAAAGGGGCUCUUAACCCAACUGAAUGGAUGUGAAACAGACUGCACAGAGCGUUGCAGAAAACCAGGCUCUCUUGAACUGAGUUGCGCAUGAGCUACAAAUCACUCUGGCCAUGGUCGACUUUCAACUCAGUUUGGCUUUGGCUCUUUGGGCUUAUUCACAUGGCCCAGUUCAGGCUGGUUUGGAAUGAGUUUGGCUUUAAAUUAGCACACUAUGAAGCACUGCCAGUAGGUUCACCUGUCAGUGUCUGUGUGACGUUAGGGCACAGCAGCUGACUGGUGUCCCGGCAUUUGGGGGAUGUGGUGAACUAGUGCCUAGCACCAUUAUCCAGGCACCAAUUCAAACCAGGCUGACAAGGGAAAAAAUUAAUUCAGCCUGUUCUGAGCCAUGGGCAAACGGUUGUAUGAAGUGACCCUAAGUUUUCAAAGGUACUCUUUAAAUGGUUUUCAUUUGGUGGAGAGGGGGAGAUACAGGCUUACUCAGUUGUCGGCCAUUCUCGGAUUCGGUUUAGCUUUAUUCAUUAAGCAGUUAUCUAGGGGUCUGGCUUACAUCCCAUAGUUCAGCUCUCUGUAGCUAGCUUGAAAAUCACAGCCCAAACGCAAGAACUGUACUGACCUCUGUGUAUGGCUUUCUGGGGAUGAGCCAAAAUCUAUUGUUGGAAGGGAGAGGAAAGGAUUUAGUUUCUAAAUAGGUUUUCAAGCACUGCUGCUUCAACACUGACAGUCUGUGUGUACUGAGACAAAAUGCCAUCAAUGGAGAGUCUGUAUGCUUUGAUGACUGUCUCCAGAAGCAGGGCUUGGCUGCUUAUUAAAACAACAUAUUGGCAUCACUGUAGCUAUUGGCACACACAUUAUAAAUCUUUUCUCCCCAACUUGCCUAUUUGUUUAUAACUGGGACAUGCAAAUUCAGGCUUCUUCCAGAGCGGUGUAGAGGCUUUGGCCAGACAGAAAGCCUAGCAUGCUUCCUUAAAAAUAAAAAAUAAAAACGGGGGGGGAACCCCUGCAAGUGUCUCUCAAGAUACACGCACACAAAAUGAAGCCCUAAAUGGCUGGAGCCCUGUGUACCUCCACGAUGGCUUGCUUCGUAUUGUGUUCCACUGUGGCUUUUAAGUUGAUCCAAGACUGCCAAGUUCAGACUGCAGGGACACACAGUGGUGUUCUUGGGGUCUGUUCUGGUGCAAGUCUGUUCCCCUAAAGUUCUAUUGGAGCCUGGCCUACAUGCCUUCUGGAAGCACUGUGAGAGCGAGAAGAGCUGAGCACUGUGGGUGAGCAACUGGAUGUCUGAACGUGGCCCCCCCAUACACGAACAAAAGGCUACCUGCACACACGGACACAGGAAAAAGUCUCACCCUGACAUACUAGUUUAGUGUAUGCAGGGUGUACAUCCUAAACCCCGCAUAAAACACUUAAAUAGAAAAUGAUGUAGCUCAGCAACAGCUACAUCACAGGCAUCUUCCCUUGCUCUCUUUAGAGGCAAUGGAGAUAAAAGAUUUGCCUUGGCAUAAGUCGGGGGUUCCCAAACAGGGGUAUUAGUACCCCAGGGUGCUUGAAGGGCUCCGGUGGGGGGUACCCUGAGCCCUCCUGCCUCCCAACACCGCAGCUGUACCAUAGGUUCCCCAACUGAGGAUGGGACAAGUUUAUUUGUCCCAUGUUUACAAGUUUACUGGAAUAACCUCUCUCAUAACGAUAACAUUUACGUGUGUGUGUGUACACUCUAAAAAUCUCUAUGGGGUACCUGAAUUGAAGGAUUGUGACAUAAGGGGUACACAUGUGUGUUGGGGUUUUAAAAAACCCACAAUUGGGAUCCCCUUGACAGAAGUGGUCCUUGGCCUGUUCGGUUCUUAUUGGCUUGGGGUGGUUGAGAUGGCACAUUAAGCGGACACAAGCACUGCCUGGCCUUGAUGGUAUGGCUGAGAAGUGUCUUGUAUUGGGUAAUUGCUCCUAGGGAUCUCAUGGGCAAAGCAAGAUUGGAGCCAAGGGCCACCUCUGCUCACACUUAACUCAUAAAUCCGGUUCUCUCUAGAACUAUAUUCUAUGAAAUAUUAGGAAUCUUCAAAAAACUAUUUUGGGUAGAAAAGGCCUGUGUUUGCUUAGCCUUGAUUUCUACCUAUUCAGAGGAAAUGAAUACUGAAAGAUGGUGACAGUUCUAAUAAUGAGAUGAAAGGGCUGCAACUCAUAGCACUGUAGUGGUAUUCUUGAAUUGUAUUCUUUUAAUUGGUGGUCUUUUUGUGAGCACUAAAAGAGCAUCCCUAAUACUCUGUGGCCUAUUGCUGUAAUAGCAUCUGUUUAUGAAAGCUGUGUAUUAGAUUUAAAAUGUGUUUAAAAUGUACUUUAUCGCUUUGAAUUGGCUUACUGUUUUGUAUAUAUGAAUUUUGUAAGUCUAUUAAAUCAUGGCUUGUUAUGA